UUUUUCUUGUCUCCCACUCUUUUUCUCAGGAAGAUUGGACUAGCCUUGGAAAUGUGUAGUAGAUUCUUACAACCAAGACUUCUACUAAAACCAUUCCUGCUGUAGUGAUGGUUUGCAGUGUUAAAAUAAAUAGCAAGGACUAGUUGCACUUGGAGUUUUUGCAGCCUUACCUUUCUGGAGAGGUACUGAGCAAGUUGUGAGUUGGACAGAAAAACAUGCAGACAUAGAGGUAGAGAUAGAUGGGUAGGUAUAAAUGUAAUUAAAAAUUAUGCCAUGACUCUGGUCUGUGGUUCCUGAUGUUGGAGUUGUCAUGAAGCCUGAGUGAGAGUAUGUGCCUUUGAAAAGGUUGUUUUGAGUGGAGUGCAUAGAUUUGUAAUUUGUGAGGCCCUUUUCUUGGUGAAUACUAGUAAAUUAAUUGUUUCCUGUAGUCUUCUUGGGAGAGUUUAAAAGUAAUCGUUUGCUUAAGUGCUACUGAAAAGCAUCAAACUGGAAACAUGUGAAAGGAAAAGGCUUACCAUAUGACAGACGCAGAGUAAGAAAUGCAUGAAAUUUAUUAGGAAUGGUAUAUGGACCACUGGAAUGAGCAAACUGCUCUAACAUAACAAAGUUAAUAUAUCCAGUGUGGAGGGGUGGAUAGCAUUGUUACUUGUGUUUCUUCAGCUGCACUGUGGCUGUAUUGUCAGGUCUUUUUCUAAGCACAGAACUUGGCAGUUUGUUUUGUGGGAUACUUGUGGCUGCAUCUUUUUUUAUUGGAGGUGUUAGAGCAGUUCAGGAAAAGUACCUGAUGCAAGUAUAGCCAAUGGAUGACCCUUCAGGUGAAUCAUCUUGGUUGCUAGUACUGGGAUGGCCAUACUGUAUUUUGCAGCUGUGUGCAAGGUAGUUAUUAGGAUAAGCUAGUGAAUGUCUGGAAUAAAUGAGAAUACAGUGCCCCUGUCAUUGUUCUGUCUGAAAAGACGAGGCUGGGUUCAAGGCCACAUGUGCUGCUGUCAUCAUUCAAAUUUCAGCUCCGAGUGCAAUAGGGAGUGUCAGCUCUCCAUCUGUUACUGCCUUGCAAAUGCAUGCGCCCUGCAUCCUGCCUCCAGCAAGGCUGCCACAACUUGUCAUUUUGGCUUGCCGUACUCUUGUUCAUUCCAGAGCAGGCAAUUUGGAACGCUAAGUAAACAGGCUUUAUUUAUUGACAGGAGCUACUAACUGAAACACACAAACAAAGGAUGCUUGAUCGCACGGAGAAGCGCUCCACAAUGCCCGAUUCACCUGCGGAUGUGAAGACACAGUCCAGGUUGACGCCUCCAACGAUGCCACCUCCUCCAACUACACAAGGUGUUCCAAGAACAAGCUCUUUUACACCCACUACAUUAACUAAUGGCACAAGCCACUCACCCACAGCACUGAAUGGAGCUCCAUCUCCCCCUAAUGGUUUUAGCAAUGGACCUUCUUCAUCUUCCUCUUCCUCACUAGCUAACCAGCAGUUGCCCCCCGCCUGCGGUGCUCGUCAGCUCAGCAAACUGAAGAGAUUUCUAACAACUUUGCAACAGUUUGGCAAUGACAUUUCUCCUGAAAUCGGGGAGCGAGUACGGACACUUGUACUUGGCCUAGUGAAUUCUACCUUGACCAUUGAAGAAUUUCAUUCUAAACUGCAAGAAGCAACUAACUUCCCUCUGCGACCUUUUGUUAUCCCAUUUCUGAAGGCCAAUUUGCCUCUGCUACAGCGGGAGCUCCUACAUUGUGCACGACUUGCCAAACAGAACCCAGCUCAGUACCUAGCACAGCAUGAACAGUUACUUCUGGAUGCCAGCACCACCUCACCCAUCGACUCCACUGAGUUGCUGCUUGACGUGAAUGAGAACGGGAAGCGGCGAACUCCAGACAGAACCAAAGAGAAUGGCUUUGAUCGGGAGCCUUUGCACUCUGAGCAUCCCACAAAGCGACCCUGCACUAUUAGCCCUGGCCAGCGAUAUAGUCCAAAUAAUGGUUUGCCAUAUCAGCCCAAUGGUCUGCCUCACCCAACACCGCCACCUCCUCAGCACUAUCGUCUAGAUGAUAUGGCUGUUGUCCACCACUACAGGGACUCGUACAGGCAUCCCAACCACAGGGACCUCAGGGACAGAAACAGACCUAUCGGGAUGCAUGGCAUACGUCAAGAAGAAAUGAUUGAUCACAGGCUUACAGACAGGGAAUGGGCAGAGGAGUGGAAACACCUUGACCAUCUGUUGAAUUGCAUAAUGGAUAUGGUGGAGAAAACAAGGCGAUCCCUCACUGUACUACGACGAUGCCAAGAGACAGACCGUGAGGAGCUCAAUUACUGGAUUAGGCGAUACAGUGAUGCAGAAGACUUAAAGAAAGGAAGCGGCAGCAGCCAUUCCAGGCAGCAGAGUCCAGUGACUCCAGACCCAGUUGGAUUAGAGUCACAUCGGGAAUUCCUUCACAGACCGACUUCUGGAUAUGUGCCAGAAGAAAUCUGGAAGAAAGCUGAAGAAGCAGUCAAUGAGGUCAAACGUCAGGCAAUGUCUGAAUUACAAAAAGCUGUAUCUGAAGCUGAGCGGAAAGCCCAUGAAAUGAUCACAACAGAAAGGGCAAAAAUGGAGCGCACAGUUGCUGAGGCUAAGCGACAGGCUGCAGAGGAUGCGCUGUCCCUUAUCAACCAACAGGAAGACUCUAGUGAGAGCUGCUGGAACUGUGGACGAAAAGCAAGUGAAACAUGCAGUGGCUGCAACACUGCACGGUACUGUGGGUCUUUUUGCCAGCACAAGGAUUGGGAGAAACACCACCACAUUUGUGGACAGACCCUUCAGGGCCAGCAGCAGGGGGAUGCACCAACGGUUGGAUCUUCUUCAACAGCCAGUAGUGGAGCAGGAAGUCCUCCUGACACACCACCAGCAGCCACACCUAGAUCAACCACCCCAGGCACCCCAUCUACCAUAGAGACAACCCCACGUUCAUAGACCAAUAAAAAAUUAUAACAAGUGACUCCUCAAAAAGUCAAAACUCUUUACUAAACUGGUAUACUUCAAUAGGAUGGAACUUCUCUUGAGGUAGUAAUUAAAGAAGGCCAGUAACGGGUCAUAUUGACUUACAUAAGAAAACAAAGAUAUUAUUGGUGUUUUUUUUUUCUUUAGAAGACUGAAAGGACAGUAACAAGAAAGAAAACAUUUGACCUCCUCCCAUUUUUUCUAGUAGCUGGGACUUUAAACUAGAUGACCUCAUUAACAGAUGCUUUACCAAACAGCAAACCAAGGGAUUACUAAUUGCUGUUUAAAGCAAAAAAUAAAUUAAGAAAAAAGCUUAACAUUUCUGAAGAAAAAAAUACAUAAAAAGGAUACAUUGCUCCGUAUUCCAGUAAUGAAGAGAGAAACCCCCUCAAGGGCAUGAACAUUGGAUAUAACAAUAGAUGUUUUAACAAGAUGAAUGACAUUUAUGGGUUACAAACUGAAUUUUGAAGACCUGCAGUGAAGUGUGCAGAUGUGCACCAGAUUGGAAUGAUCACAUAUGUUCUUUCUGUUUUGUUUGUUUUUUUUUUUUUCUUUUUUUUUUUUUUUUUUAAGUAAUGUCCAGGUCAACACUGUGGAAAAUAAAGUUGAUUUGAGGUGGGGUAGAUUUAUGCAGAAGAAAUUGAUGAAAGGCUUUUUUUUACUGAAAAUCAAAAUAAGGAACACAGCUUGCCAUUUGUUACCACGUUUGGUGGACUUUGUGUUAAUCUGCUGCCCCAGGUAGUCCCACAGCAUUUGUUCACUAGUGCAAGGUUCUGCAGAGUGAGAUUAACAUGAUCAGUUCCUGCUCAUUUAUUUGUUCUUUGAAGAAAGAAAAAUUAAAAAAAAAAAAGAUUUGACAACAAAAUGGUGGCUAUGACUCCAAACCCUCUCCAAUAUCUGUCCAUUCUCCAUACCUUUCCAAAGUUCACUAACACAAGUAGUAGUUCUCUUGGUGUUAAACACUGUCCUGUGAGGUCUCCCAAUGAUGUUUUUUCUUGUAUUAUGUGUUGAACAAAUGUGAAGAAGCAUUGUAGUUUAACCAUGCCCACAUUUAGUCUUCAUACCCUAGCUGGCAAGAAACCUGUAUCUUUCUAUGCUGCUUUUAUAUCUGUAUGUAUUGGUGAUAUUUCUCUUGUAGUUAAAGAAAGGAAACUACAGAGCUGUCUUUCUUGUCCUACAGAAGAAUCCAAGCUAUCUCUCCAAGCUGCUAAUUCCCUUCCUCUCCUUCUGUCUCUUUGAGGAUUUUCUUUUCUGAAAAUUAGCAUGUUUCAUGGAAUGCUAAACAUAAUCUGUGUUUUUGUACAAAGAAUGUACAUAAAUGUAUUUUGCACUGUCACAAUGAUUCCAUAGGCAUGCAGUUUUCAGAUUUCUCUUUUUUUAAAAUAUGCUAGAGCCAUUUCACCAGAUUUAUUAGUAGCAAAGUGUAGCUGUGAUAUCUUCUUUUUUAUUUUUGACAAGGUUCACUAUUAUUGGUGAAAUUUUUUAUAUACGACAAAAUUUCAUACUUUAAAAAACGGACAGUGCAUGCAUUAUCACUGUAUGAUUAAGUAUUGCUGAUUUUUUCAAAAUUCAGUAUAUUACUAGAGCUCCAAAUGCUGAGGUGUAGAUUGACAGCUUUAACACUGCUGAAUGCCAGUUUAUACACAGUAUUAUAAAAAGGGAAGUCAGCCAAAGAUCGAUCUGAUGGACCAAAAUCUGAUUUUUACAUAAAGCACCAGUACUUCUCUCCAAAUGAUUAGCAGAUUGAACUGUUUCAGUAAUGCUGUUGUGAACAGACUAACCCACUGCUGUCCAGAGUCCAGAGCAGAACUACUUAUUUGUCAUAGCAACAUCAGUCCAGUGUAAGGUUGUGUGCUUUAUGGUAGAAAGAGGGAGAUGUGGCCAGGACAGUACUUCUGAAGUAUGAAGGUUCUGGAAUUAGAUAUAUUAGAUUUUUUUAAAUGUGUGUGUGCAUAUUUAUUUAUUUAUUUAUUUUUCUCUCUAAAAGAAAGUUGAUGAGGUACAAAGAGCCUCCAGAAUAAGUGACAAAAUGGUUGAUCAGCUGGCAAGUAAAAAUAAACUUCAUGUGGCUUAUCUAGAGAAUAUCUUUUGUGAGAAUCCCAUACUAGAAUCUGAGUCUUGUGUUCCAAAAGAAAUUGUGGAUGUAGCAUCUGGCGCAAUUUGGUACAGUGUUACAGCAUUAUCUUCUGUGACAGAAAAGGGCACUGCCAUGAAGAGCAGUAUUUGCUGGUACAGUUGUGCCAAAUGGAAAGUAAACCGGUUGGCUAGAAAAGAAGAAUAUAUACCUUUGGUUUUAACAGUCCUUAGUGCUGUAUAAUAUUAGUACAGUGGUUCCCUCCAUCACUACUCUGUGCCAGUCUAAAAUAGCAAGGGGUUAAUUCCAUUUAAGUCUAGUUCUUCAGCAGAGACACUACACCCCCAAAGGAACAAAUCACUGAUGUGUGCGGCACUUUUUCAGCUGGUCCAGGUGAAGAGUCCCACCCAGUCAUCCAUACUGACAGGUGAAUUUACAUGCAGAUUAUCACCUUUAGCCAUUUAUAACAUUUUUUUUUCUGAUCUAUUCCAGUAUCUUGCCCUCCUACACGCGCGCACACACUCACACACUCACACACUCACACACUCACACACUCACACACUCACACACUCACACACUCACACACUCACACACAAAGCACUUGCAAUAGUCAUAGCAUAGAUAUGGUGCUCCACUGAAAUCUAGUAAUGACUGACCAGCAGUGAACAACUUUCAAUCACACAGGGCAUUGAGUACACAUCCAAUAGGCCGAACCCACACAUCACAGUCUAAUCAUACCUGUAUAGUGGUAGCAGUUUCAUGAAGAAUAAACAGAUUUAUGGUGGGUCUGAAUUAAAUAAUGCAGUAAGAUGGGAAUCGGGAUGGUAGUACAGACCUAAACGAUGCUGAUAAAUAAGAGGGAGCCAUAUGUGAACCAACAGCACAUUCCCCCGUAUGCAAUUAAAUUGCAUAAUUAAUGUGGGGUGAAGGCGGCCAGACAUCACUAUUUGUAUUUAGAUAACAUGUUAAAAGUCUUGUUUCUUUAAAUAAGCUCCUUGAUCAUAUUCAGAAAGAAAAUUAGGAAGAUAGCCAGCAGUGGGGCCAUGAGGAGCACUGUCCAGCCUGUCCUUCUUUUUACUACUGAAUUCUGUGUAGUUGUACGUGCACAAAAUGAAGCAGAUUGCAUUGAAGAAUAAAUGCAUUAAGGAGCAAGUCAGGUAAGUUGCAAGACCCUGCACUUUAAACUCAGCAGUGUGUCAUUAGUGUGUCAGUCAGUCUUGUAAUAUUGGAGGACUGUAUAGGGCAGCAUUUAAGUAAAGCACACAACCAGUAACCUCAGUGGGUUCCUUAUACAAAUUAUGGUGCUUUCACACAGAUGCUUAACCUCACUUAAGAUUCUAGUCUGUUUACGGCCCUGGACAGUUUUUCUUUUCUGUCUCUCUCUUUUUUUUUUCUUUUCUUUUUUUGUUGCAGUGCUGGCUGGAAUUAUGAAAUACCAGCAGGCUUGUAACCUAAAAAGGUUAAAAUAUCCAAAAAUACUGUCUCAUACCAGUGUACCUUUUUAUCUAGAUGCUUUGUUGUGUGUAAAACAGCACUGUUGUUUUGAACACUAAUAUACAGUAAGGAUUAGUGUAUUACAUUAUUUUAAUUCAGGGCACCCUGGGUAAAAAAAGAAAAAAAGAAAAAAAAACUAACUACAAAAAACUAAACUCUGAACUCUCUCUCUCUCUAGCUGUCUCUCUCUCUCUCUCGGUCUCCACUUUUCCUCCUGUUUUGCUACAGUCUCCUCAGUGGCAAAAAGUUUCACUCUACCUCUGACAGCAUGUAUAUUGCAUCGGUAUAUAAAACUGGUGCAGUCAAACCAAAUGGGCACAAGAGAACCUGGAUACCAAAAGUAAAGCUCAUACAGCUGCAAAACCAUAUCACUUCUUGGUAACAAUGCAGACCUCAUAAACCUAAAGAAAAAAAAAAAAGCUUUUUUGUUAGUUUCCUUUAUUGCUUGUCAGUUAUAUACAGACUAUGUGAGAGUAUAAUUUGUAGGUAUAAGACAUAAAAAUAAGUUCACAUCAUUGAUACAAUUGAAUGGUGGCCGCUGAUAAUAGGACAUCUUUUCUCACUGUCUCUUUCUCUCUAGUUGUCUUUCUUCUCUCUCUCUCUUUCUGUCUCUGUCUCUUUCUCUAUCACUCUCCUGUCAUGAGACUUGCGUGUGAUGGGGCCGCCUGUCUUUGUGUAGGUGCAUGUCGUGGGGAUUUUUAACAAGUCAAAAAAACAUUAAAGGCUGGUUUACUUAUGCAAAAGCAUGCCUAUGUCUGAAAUACAUAGAGAGAAGUGACUCCAUUUUGUCCGGUUUCUUCAAGGGACAGAAAAACUGGAGACUGUUAAAAGUGAAGAUUGAAGUUUUUUUUCUGCUACUUUAUUGUGAAAAAAAUAAAAUAAAAUUUAAAGGUGUUGUGCAAUACUUAACUCAGACAUGUACCACAUGUUAAUGGUAGACUAACACUGGGGGGGGGACUAGACAUCAUGGCAUUUGUUGGCAUACUUCUGAGCUUUCAAGUCUACUAUGUCUGAACUGUGGUUUCUUGUUUAACUUUUUUCCUUUUAGUUGGACUGUAAUGUAUGGUCUGUCAACCUGUGAAUCUGAAGUAUGAUUCGGGUAUUGUUGUAUUCCUUACUGUGUAAUUAAAAUGUUAAUAUCUGUAUCUAA